AUGCGGCUUACAAUCUUUGUGGCUGUGAUAUCCUGCUUGAGUAUCUCUGAAGCGCAGAGGCUCAAAGUGAUGACGUUCAACAUUUGGAAUUCCGGUUCCCAUGUCGAAAAUGGUCUUCGAAAAAUCGCCAAACACAUUCUGCUUGUCGAUCCUGACAUUGUCGGCCUUCAGGAGGUACAACGGCCUGAUGUUUUGCCAUCAUUGCUUGGUUGGAUGGGAAAACCAUGGAUGGGAGUGGCUGGUGACGACUCAUAUCCAGAUGUUGCGAUUCUUACAAAACAUGAAAUGCUUGGGCAGUCGUUUGCAAAGACUAACCGAUCCAUCACCGUGAAAAUCCAGCUACCGACUGGUCAGGUGAUCAGUUUCUGGACGGCUCAUCUCGAUUACAAAUCUUUUGGUCCAUACGCGGCCAAUAACAAGAUGGUCACCUCGUUGGAUCAGAUUCUCGCCGGUGAAAAACCGCUGACAAGAGCAGCUAGUUCUGUUAAAGGAAGAGCUCAAAACAUGGUGGAAAUCAGCGAACAUCCACAGAUGAUUGAGGCACUGAACAAGAGCGAUGAAGUGCCCGUGAUCCUUACAGGUGACUUCAAUUGCCCUUCACACAUCGACUGGACUAGGGAAACCAUGACAAAACAUGGAAACUGGAUGGUGGAAUGGCCUGCAACAAAGAUUGCCGAGAACAUGGGACUAAAAGAUUCCUUCCGAGAAGUGUUUCCAAACGUCACUACAGUCCCAGGGUACACUUGGUCAACGGUAAACAAGUUUCUACCAGAGUGGGAAUUCAAUAUUCCCGAACCUCAAGACCGAAUCGACUUCAUUUACUAUAAAGGCAGUGCUAGACCGGUAAGGUCGUUUCUGUACGCAGGAUACGAGCCACUAAGGCCGAUGCCAUUCCACCGACACAACGACUAUCCUUCAGAUCAUUUUGCUCUCAUCACUGAGUUCGAACUACUAUCUCCCCCAAUCUGUACACCAUGCAAGUAA